AGCCAAAUCAAUCUAAGUGUAGUUUAUUGUAAUUUUUUUUUUCACUAUUAAAAGUUACAGUGUUGUUAAUGAUCUGGAUUCUAUGUCCUCUUCUCUCUCUCUCUCUCUCUUCCUCAUUUAUUAUGUAGGUAUAAGAACGAAUAAAAAAUGUGCAACUAUUUAAAUUUUUGAUCAUUUCUCAAAUAAUUAUAAAAUAAAUUUCAACCAUUUAAAACGAGAAUAGUAUCUCAUAUUAAAGAUAGAAAAUGUCAUCUGACUUUUCAUUAUUAUAUAUUUACUGUCAAUUUGUUUUCUCUCCUUGUUUUUUUAUGUUGGUUUUUGAUCUUUAUACAGAGGGAAAAAAAACGUUUUUUUUCUUUAUAAUUGUCAAAAAGAUUGAACAUAUAUUGUGCCAUCUAUUUAACUCACGCAAAUUUCUGCAUAAUUGAUAAUUCGUAUGAUAAAAAAAAAAAAAAGAUAAAGAGAAGAGAGAAAAAGAACUUGUUGUAUUUGUCAGUCCUUCUAUUAGUUUUUACAGGCUUAUUAACGCUCUAUGUAAUUUUUGGAACAAGAGAGUAGUAUAUGUAAUUAUCAGACACCUUUUAAAAGACAAACAUAUAUUGAGAUAUUUUUCCAUAUAAUACUGGUGUAGAAGAACAAAAAAAAAAAAACUAAACUAAACUAAACUAAAAGCUUGUACACACAACUAAAAGAGAAAAGAAAAUUUUCCUUUUUUUUUUUUUUCUUUUUCUUCUCUUUUUUCUCUCAUUUUUCGCGUCUCUAAAUGCUCUUAAUAUUAAUGAACAUAGCUGAUGAAAAUUCACAUAUGGUAUAUAAUAAAAAUAAUGAAACGAAUAAUAUACCAAAUAACAAUAAAGAAAAAUUAUCUUCAUUGAAUAUUUAAAUUAUGUAUAAUGCAAUGUGUGUAUAUAUGUAUGUGAGAGAAAGAAAAGUUGAGAAAAAAAUAUCUCUGUUUAUGUUGAUAUAUGAAUAUUUUUGAAAAAUAUUUAAUAUUUUUUAACAAUUUCAUACAUUUUUUUUUUGUUUUGUUUGUUGAAUUAACUUUAUUAUCAAAAAAUGUGUUAAUGAUAAAAGAGUUAUUAAAGUAAUUAUUAUUUUAUAUAUAUAUAUAUUCACUAUUUAAAUUAAAAUGAAGUAAAAUAACUUUAAGAAAGAAAGAGAUGACCUUAAAUUUAUAAUAAAAAUAUGUCAAAGUUUCUAGAGAAAAACUAAAUAAAUUUUUAGUUUUUUUGUUUUUAAAUCGAUAAUAUUGAUGAUGACUCAUUUUAUUAAUAUUGAUUUUCUUUUUAAAUAUAGGGUCGUCAAUUACCUAUUGAACGUCAAAAUGGAUCGCAAAUUGUUAUUGUUACCAUUAUUAUUUGUUCAGUGGUUGCAUUUACAAUGGCAGUAAUUGGAAUAUUAUUUUUUAUUAAAAGAGACGCUCGUAUAAGAAAUAAACUAGCCGAACUAACACAUAUUAAAGGUUUUUCAACAAAAGAUUAUCAAGAUUUAUGUCGUCAACGAAUGCAAACUCAACCGCAAACAAAAUCGCCUAUUUCACCAUCAUCACAUAGUGUACAAACAAAUAUAUUAAAUACAAAUAUAAAAAAUCAUAGCGAAGGAUCAUCAAAUCGAAGUUCAACAUCGUCAUGGAGUGAAGACCCUAUUCUAACAACGAAUAUGGAUAUAAUGACUGGUCAUCUUAUCUUGAAUUAUAUGGAAGAUCAUCUUCGAAAUCGUAAUCGUUUGGAAGCUGAAUGGCAAGAAUUAUGUAAUUAUGAGAGUGAUCGAGGAGCAUUUACAAUUGCCUUGUCUGAAGUGAACACAAAUAAAAAUCGUUACAUUGACGUAUUACCGUAUGAUGAUUCAAGAAUUUUAUUAACGAAUAAUUUUGAUAAAGAAAAUAAUGAUUAUAUUAAUGCAAAUCCAAAAUGUAAAUAUAUAGCUACACAAGGUCCUUUACCUCAAACAACAAAUGCAUUCUGGCAAAUGGUCUGGGAAAAUGGUAGUUCAGUUAUUGUAGCGUUAACAAGACCAAUUGAAGAUGGUGUUACAAUGUGUCAUCAUUAUUGGCCUGCGGCUGGAAAUGAAAGACUUACAAGUUUUGAGGUUAAUCUUGUAUCAGAACAUAUUUGGUGUGAUGAUUAUCUUGUUCGAAGUUUCUAUCUUAAAAAUAUUCAAACCAUGGAAACACGUACAGUUACACAAUUUCAUUUUCUAACAUGGUCUGAAUUGGGUACACCACCCUCAGCCAAAUCAUUACUCGAUUUUAGACGAAAAGUGAACAAAUGUUAUCGUGGAAAAUCUUCACCUAUCAUCGUUCAUUGCAAUGAUGGUGUUGGUCGAACAGGGACGUACAUUCUUUUAGACAUGGUACUAAAUCGCGUGAUAAAAGGAGCAAGAGAAAUUGAUAUUGCUGCAGCACUGGAACAUAUUCGUGAUCAAAGAGCAAAAAUGGUGAAAACAAAAAAUCAAUUUCAAUUUGUAUUUGUUGCCGUAGCAGCAGAACACAAUCUGACCUGGAGUGAGCUUGCCAGAAACAUGGCUCUUGUUUGCCGGCGUAAGUUGGGCGCAUUGAGUCGUGUAUUUAGAUUAGCUCAUUCAAAGGUUCGGCGCACGGCCGUAGCCAGGGGCUAG